CUUUCAUCAACAACAGACGAUCGCCAUGAACGGACUUAGCGGUUUCUUCGUCGUGGCUCUGGCGGCCGUGACCGUUGGUGCCCAGUGCCCCGACAGCUUCUUCGAGGGGGGGAGGAUGCUUCCACGUCCUAGACUCCGAGGAAACACCCAUCACGUGGGAAGACGCCAGGGAAAUGUGCAUUGGCCUCAGCGGGAAUGGGUGGAAUGCGGACCUGGCUUCCAUGGACACGACCUCGCAGCUUGAGGCCUUCGCUGAGGCUUGGGACACCGUUGGAGCGAACUACAGGCCCUACGGCUACAUGUGGGUGGGCUUCACGCGCGAGAGUGGCGAGUGGGCCAACCUGGACGGCGUGCCACUGUCCACAUACUCCAACAUGUGGCGGGAGGGACAUCCGCACGACAUGAACAUGUACGUCUACAUCGAGGACGUCACCAUGACCUCCGGCAUCGGGUCCCGCGGGCGCUUCUACGCCUCGUGCACGAUGCAGGACGCUCUCGGGAGAGCACUGUGCAGGGCCUUCCCAGCGUAAAUAACUUUUAAAAAUAAUAUAUUGGGAAUGUAAAUUUUA